AUGAUUUUACCCGCAUUUCACAACACUUUAUUGAUAUCAUCUAUAUUUCCGUAUCAAACGGAAAAGUAUUUAAUCACUUCACCACGAACUGAACGUCAUCGUUUCUUGAAUGGCCUUGCAUUGUUACUUAAUGGCUCAAAAUCAUGUACAUCUGUAUAUCCAUGGUUAACAAAAAAACAACUGCUCAUUGCACGUAAUGAACCAUUAACAAGGGACGAUGAAAUCUAUUUUAACGAUUUUUUUCGUUUCAUACGAAUAUAUUCAAGUUAUUGUUCAGCAUCAAAUGAAGAAGGUAUGACUGAAAUAUAUUCAGUAUUAAAAUCUAUUGUACUUCAAUAUAACAAAGACAAAUGUAUUGAACGUAUACUUGAUCCAAUGUUCAAUGAUGCUGUUUCAAAUCUUGAAAAAUUACUUAAUUCUGAUAUUGAUGAAAUAUGUCAAAAUGUUACUAUUGGUCAAGCGAGCAAAAGCAAAAGUAUGAUUGAUUAUAUAAAUUUAAGAGAAGAAAAUAUUUCUUUAAAAGAAUAUAUUUCAAUAUUAUUCAAUUGGGUCAAGCGUAUAGUUUCAAUUCGGGAAUCAAUAAAAAAUGACAAAUACAAUAUUAACUUAAAUACAAUUGAAAACUUUCAAGAAUGUUGUGAAUUACUAAUUUAUUCUAAAAUAUUUCGUUCAAUAGUGUCAUACAUAUAUUCAGUGGUCCAUGUUCAUGAACGUAUUCUAUAUUAUUUAAAUAAAGUGUCGGAACAUCUAAGGUCAUUGGACCUAAUAUUGAAAACUUUAGAAAGAAGAAGAUUUGAUUAUGGUGAAAUAUAUGAAAAUAUACAAUGGUAUUUUAUUGAACCUAUUGAAAAUAUUGUUAAAUUAAAUGAAGCACCAUCAUCAUCAUUUGAUAAAAUUUGGUUAACAUGUGAUUUACCCGAUGCUCAAACGAAAAUUGAUUUUAAACGUGAAUAUAUCGGCAAUAAAUUUGUUCAUUAUGAUUCAAAAUUAGAACUAUCCAUCUGUUUACACAGUGAAAUUCGAAUUAUAGAUUAUUUAAUCGAACAAAAUAUAUAUGAAGUUCGAGAUGGUGAUAUAGAAAUUGGAAUAGCGAAACUACCAUGCUAUCCUUGUUCAUUAUAUAUUGAACAAUUAAAUCAAAAAUUCAAUCGAAAUUUUUAUGUUGUUGAUUUAAAAACUCAUGGAAAGAUUUAUGCGAAUUGGACAUUUAGAAAUGGUGAAGAUGAUUUUAUAGAAAAUGAACUUAAUGACAAAUUAUAUAGAUUAAUCAGAAAAGAACUGAUACAGUUCGAACGAACUAACAGAAAAAAAAGUCAGCAUAGUGACAAGCAAGAAACAGAUGUAGCCGAUAACAAUGUCGAUAUGAAAUUUAUAAAAUUAAUCGUCGAUAAUAUGAUAAAGCGUCAAAAAAAUUGA